AAUUGAUUAAACAUCUUAUAAAAACAUACCCAGUAGAUAACUCUGUCCAACUAUCGUCACCAAACCAGCAAGUCCAUAAUGAAGACCUUCUUGACUCUCGCCGUUCUUUCAGCCUCUCUGAUUCUUGCGAGGAGUCAUGAAUUGCCAAUAUUUUGUUAUCUGGACAACAAUGAACUGAAGCAAUUUGUUGUGUGCGUGCGAGAGAGAUUUCCCAAAGAGGCUGUUGCUCUGUGGGAUGUUUGUCGAGACCGCAUCUUACCAGGACAGGAUGAUUCUACAGCUGUAAAAAUUGUGUGUACUCCAGAGAAGAAAGGACGAGAGCUUGCAACAUGUUUCGACCCAAUGAUUGAGCUCCAGAAAGAAAGACUCGGGAAGAUCGUCUAUGAAUGUUUUUUUGAAAGCCAGUAAAAAAAGAACAGUUAUGCCGAAAUCGUACAUCGUUGUCAUAAUCCACCAUUCUAAUAUCCAUGUUGUGGCUACGAAUAUACAAAAACCACAACAUGACGGUAUCAUAAUAAUAUGGGGAAAAUAAUAAACGCAUUUUGAAGUACUAGCUACAAGUGAAGUUAAAACCUGCCAAAACGUUUCGACCACUAAUCAGCUUGUUCCUCUUUGGCUACUAAAUGUUGUACAUUAGUGUUGGUGAAUACGUAAAGUGACGGAAAUGGGGCGAGAUGUUCUGUUAGUAUAGUUUCCCCCAAAAGGGGAACCGUAGGCCGUCUUGAAGGAUCACCGGUUUUAACCACUCGCAACACUGUACAGUAGUGUAUUGUCUGUCAGUCAGCCAGAUCACACGAAAAUGAUGUCACAUAAUGGACGCUUAACGUUGCAAUUUGUACUGUCGUGACGUCAGUAAAACUAUGCACUCUGUAGACUAAAACACGGCAUGAAAUAUCAACUUAAAAGCAAGAAAUAAAAAUAUUUGUUACUGUCA